CUUAAUUAAGAAACUUUUGAUUUGAUUGGAUUAAAGAACAACUACAAUUUUGAUCUACCAAAUAUUAAGGUACACAAGCAUGGAUGAUCGUAUAAUAAUCUCGCUUGUGUUUAGAAAUGGUCCGCAUAGAACGUAAAGACAGAGAUAGAUACAUCCGAAGAUUUUAAAAAGAUAAUUUUAGCGAAGUAUAUCUUAUCAAUUCUAGCUUUAUAUAUAAGAAUAUUUUAGUUGUGUUUAGGUAAAAGAGGAGCUAAGAAGGAACUGCGAGCAGUAUUAGUAGUUGUCACUUUCUCAUUUAAAAUCAAAUAGAAGAAGGGCACAUAUAAAGUAUUUUCCAUAAUUUUGCGGCAUUAUAAUAAUAAUAAAAUUAAGAGAGCGAGGAGAGAAUCUUGAAUAACAAGAAGGAACGAUCUUUACACACAUUUAUUCGUGUUUAGCCGAUUAAAAUCACGUAAACAUUGAGUAAAAGCAAUGUUUAGAGCUCUUCAAUGCUUCAGAUCGACUGGAGCUGUCUUGGUUGGUGCAAGUUUGACAACAGUUUUACAAAUUCGCAAAGUUCACAUGGAAUCGGUUAGAAAAAUUAACGUGGCUAAUUUUAUGGCCCAACCAAUUACCCCAAUUGAGACAUUAGAAGCCAGCAAUGAUAUCAGAGUACGUAUGGAACUGAUGAUCAUGAAGAUCCAACACGAUUUUGUACGUGCAUUGGAAGGUGAAGAGAAUUUUGGAAAAAAGUUCAAGGUCGAUCGUUGGGAACGUAAUGAAGGUGGCGGUGGAAUUACUUGUGUGAUUGAAGGAGGUGAUACCUUUGAAAAAGGAGGUGUAAAUGUUUCUGUUGUACAAGGAAUGUUACCACCGGGUGCUGUUCAACAAAUGAGAGCUCGUGGAAAGAAAUUAGGUGAUGGUGAAUUACCAUUUUUUGCUGCUGGUAUUAGUUGUGUCAUUCAUCCACGCAAUCCAUACGUUCCAACAAUUCACUUUAAUUAUCGUUAUUUUGAAUUGGUUGAAGAUGAUGGAAGUAAAAUGUGGUGGUUUGGAGGUGGUACUGAUUUAACACCAUACUAUUACUAUGAAGAUGAUGCUGAACAUUUCCACAAGACAUUAAAGGAGGCAUGUGAUGUCCAUGACAAGAAAUUUUAUCCAAAAUAUAAGAAAUGGUGUGAUGAUUAUUUUACUAUUACUCAUCGUAAUGAAACCCGUGGAAUCGGUGGAAUCUUCUUUGAUGACGUUGACAGUCCAUCACUUGAAGAGUGCUUCCAAUUUGUUCAAACAUGUGCUGAAUCUGUCAAACCAUCAUACAUCCCAAUCGUUAGAAAACACAAAAAUGACAAUUAUGGUGAUCGUGAAAGAACCUGGCAAUUAAUCAGACGUGGACGUUAUGUUGAAUUCAACUUGAUUUAUGAUAGAGGAACGAAAUUCGGACUUUAUACUCCUGGAUCAAGAGUUGAAUCAAUUCUCAUGUCACUACCUACACUUGCUCGAUGGGAAUACAUGCAUGAACCAGAACCAGAUACUGACGAAGCAAAUUUACUCAAAGUCACGAGAAAUCCAGUCGAUUGGGUCUCAAAGCUUUCAUCAUAAAAAAAGACACAAUGAGCAAUCAAAUUGCAUUUUUCUCUAUUUCCAAGCGCAGCACGGAAAUCUUUUGACAUAAUCGAGAAUAUAUUAAUUUUUUUUUAAAUAUUUUGUAUAAAGGUUCGAGUUGGAACGUUAAAUAAAGGCUCUUCUAUUAUUUUUGU